AUGGACCACCUCCGUGAUUCUCUGCUGAGCUCUCUGCCUAGAGACACACCUUCUACCACAACGAUCGACCAUGCUCGCAGAGAUCAAGAAGGUCACGCCAGUCUGUCGCUCGGGGUGAAUUCAAAGAGCCGAUACUGCGAUAUUGGAGAUGGUGUAGACUCCCUUGAAGGCCACAUUCAUUCCCUGUGGUAUAUGUACUACGAGCUUGGCCGAAAAAUCUCCUCCGAAUCACCUGAACAUGAGGGAAUAGUCCUCGAUAUCCUCCGCAUUCAAGGAAUGGGGCCGUUGACUAGACCUGCACGCGGAGUCUAUGGGAUUGAUAUCGCAAGAACCAUCGACGGUACACUGUGGAACGAUCUCCCCUUCUUGGCUGGCGAUAUGACCAAUUUCUGGGUCAAUCAUGGUGCUUCUAUGUCGGGGACACAUCGUCUCAACUUUGCAACCUUCCUGGCUAAACUUGCAUCCACUCGUGUCGCUAAGGAUAGUUUGUGCCAAGUUUCUCUUCUGAUCUUCCGUACUCUCUUUGAAAGCCCUCAAGCACUUCGCACUGGGGAAGAGUCAGACGAGGAAGAUCUCAACCGAGGUACCAAGCAGCUUGAGGUCUUUCAUCUGUUACCAGCUGCUGUUGCUUGGCUGAAAAUAGCAAGCCACAACCUCCUUUUGCUAUCAGAAGUGUAUUGGAACGACUGCCCUAGCCACAUCAGCAAGGGUGGUGAGGAGUUCCUCGAAUCGGAGCUCGGACAGCGGUCACCUGCUGGAUUCUCGCCAUGGAGAUACAUGUUCUGGCUGAAGCGACUUCAUGGGAUUCAGGAAGAAGCUAGGGAGACCAAUGAGAAAGCCCUGGAGGAGCUUGCCACCGAUGGCAUCCAGUACAUGAUCAACACAAUCAAGCAAAGGAAUGCUGAGGUCCUCAGGGCUUACAAGAAUGGUGGCGGUGCCCUGCAUCAGGAUAAGCAUCUUUCGUGCCUAAAGCCCCUUUCACGCCCAGAUCUUUAA